AUGGGUGCGGGGAAAGGGGUUAUUUGGAUGCCCAAAGUUAUAGUGGUGGUAGCAAUCGCGGUGGUAGCGAGUGUGGGCUUAUCAGAGGCCCAACCGGAGGCCAAAUUCAACUGCAACAGCGCGAAUAACGCCACGUGUCGUGCUCUCGUAGGGUACUCUCACGCGAACGGCACCACCCUGGGCGACAUCCAAACCCUCUUCAACGUGAAGCAACUUGUGGACAUCCUGGGCGCCAACAACCUCCCAAGCAACACCUCAAAGCACCACGUGGUGGGGCCCAGCAAGGUUGUGAAGGUGCCGUUCCCGUGCAGGUGCAGCAACGAGACGGGACUCUCGGACGGGGUACCGCUUUAUAAGAUAAAAAGAGGGGACACGCUGUUCGACAUAGCGACGACGACGUUUGGGGGAUUUAUGAAGUGGCAGCAGAUCCAGGUGGCGAAUAAUAUACCGGACCCGAAUAACAUCACUGCUGGGGACACGCUUUAUAUUCCUUUACCGUGUAGCUGCGAUGAGGUGGAUGGAAGCAGAGUGGUGCACUAUGCGCACUUGGUGGCGCCGCAGAGCACGGUGGAGAGUAUUGCUGAGCAGUUUGGAACCACCCAGCAAAUCCUCCUCACUAUCAAUGGAAUUUCUGACCCCAAAACGCUUCAGGCCGGUCAGAUUCUUGAUGUUCCCCUCAAAGCUUGUUCCUCGAGUGUGAAAAAUGAUUCAUUGGACUAUCCAUUGCUUGUUGCAAAUUCUACUUAUGCCUAUACUGCCAAUGAAUGCGUCAAAUGCAAGUGUGACUCCAGCAACAACUACAUGUUACAAUGCCAGCCAUCCCAACACAAACCGACUAACUGGUCCGUUUGUCCUUCUACCCAAUGCUCAAGCAACGUCUUCAUUGGCAACACCACUUCCUCUACAGAUUCCUGCAAUCGCGCAAUCUGUGCCUAUACCGGUUAUACACUCCGCAAUAUCUCGGCGGAACUUGUAACGCAGAACAUUUGUGCUGUGCCACCGAGUCCUUCAGGAGGAUCUAGUGGUUCUGGUUCACAAGCGCCCAGGAGCACUUUGCAAGGCUCGCUUUGGAGUAAUCUUUUCAUUGUUAUUCACUUUGUCCUAUCUUUUGUCUUUGUUUUGUAG